GUAAUGUGUUGUAAUUUAAAUUACUAGUUUAAUAAAGUGGAUUUAUUAAAUAUUGCUUUACUUGCUAGAAUUAGAAUAUUGGAUAAAGAUUAUCUUAUAAAAUUAUAUAGUUUUGUGAUAACUCUAUAAAAUUCUAUUAAGUUAAAAUUUCAUUAGUGACAAUACACGGAAAUAAAUAAUAUCGAGUCAAAGUACAAUCAAAAAUUUUAUAACAAUUUUUGUUUAAUUAUAAGGCAGGGUAAAAAUAAUAGUAUAUCAAGAAGUUCAGAUAGAACAGUGCGAAUUCUGCAGUAUACGUUAGAGUAUAAGAUGAAACAUUAAAAUAAGAAAUUUUGGAACGUGUCAAUGGUCAGUGAAAUAUAUGAGAGACUGCACUCAACAUGUCAGUGCAUAGGGGAGGCGUCGGGAAUUUUAGAUAUUGUUUUUAUUAUUGUGCCCGCACCGGUUUCGAGAUUUACGAUUUGGAGCCGCCGCAAGAUGUAGCCGCAGCUGGAAAUGGCGUGAACGUUGAAGGCUCAACUCACAGGCAGGUCGUCGACCUGAUCAAGUCCGGCGGCGACUGUCUCACUCUCACUGUCAUAUCUGUCACUCAAAGGGAAGCAGAACGCCUCGAGCCAUGCGACGACGGCUCUGCCCCUGUGGGCGUCAUUGGCGGUGCGGCCAACUCCAGAGCAACCGUCUACCAGAGAUACGACUACACCGACAAGCGAUCGCUGCCCGUGUCCAUACCAGACUACCGCGUGGUAAUGGAGCGGAAUACUGGCCGUUCGUACAUAGCGUUCAAUGUACACAUGGCAGGCCGACACCUUUGCAGCCGGCGGUAUAGAGAAUUUGCUGCUUUGCACCAGCAGCUUAGAAAGGAGUUUCUUGGAUUCAACUUCCCAAAGCUCCCGGGCAAAUGGCCCUUCAACUUGAGCGAGCAACAGCUGGACGCGAGGAGGAGGGGCCUUGAACAGUAUUUAGAAAAAGUAUGCGCAGUCCGCGUGAUAGCCGAAUCGGACGCGGUCCAAGAAUUUUUGACAGAUUCCGACGACUCGUCCAACCCCUCCCCGGUAGAACUGAAAGUCCUACUCCCGGAUAAGGAAGUGGUCACAGUGUCGGUGUUGAAGUCCACCAACGCCGAUGAUGUAUACAAAGCGGUUUGCGAUAAGAUCUCAUUGCCGAAACACGUGCACAAGUAUUUCUACUUGUUCGAGAUUCAGGAGUAUAAUUUUGAACGCAAGCUGCAACCAAACGAAUGCCCUCAUUCCCUCUACAUCCAGAACUAUUCGACAGCGUCCAGCAGCUGCCUGUCCAUCAGAAAGUGGCUGUUCAACCCUGACAUAGAGGUGUCCGUUGUCCGCGAGGAUAGCAAGGCGGCCGCGUUUAUAUUCUGGCAGGCGGUGGAAGACGUGAACCGCGGCGUGUGCUGCGCGGGCGCGCGUCUGUACCAGCUGAAGGCGCUGCAGCAGCAGAGCCGCGCGGCGGAGUACCUGGCGCAGGCGCGCGCGCUGCCCGGCUACGGCGCCGUGGCCUUCCCCGCCGCCGCCACCGACUGCGCGCUCUGGCCCGUCGUCGCGCUCACUGUCGGUUGGUCCGGCAUAAAGCUGACGGCGGGCGGCGAGGAGCAGCCGAGCGCAGGCAGCGUGGAGCUGCGCUGGGCGGGCGUGCGGCACUGGGCGCCCGACGACGCCGCGGCGGCCGCGCGUCUGCGCUACUGCCGUCGCGGCCAGAACCACGACCUCCUCAUCUACACGCCAUAUUAUCAGUUCCUUUGCAACUGUAUGGAUCGAAUAGCCGAGGAGGCAACCUGGCGUGACACCGGCGACUAAACGAUCUCACAUCCUCAUCAGGUUACACUGCGUUACGCAAGAUUUGGUAGGAAUUGUUAGCGCUGGCAACACUGAGAUAGUACAAUUAUGACAACAACCAUAUUUUUUUUAACCGUUAUGUACCUACCAAGUAUGACAUAGUUGAUAAAAUUAAUUACACUAAAAGUAUCAUAUUAAAUUAUUUAAAUUUUCGCAUAUUAUUUUGUCAUAAUGCCAGUGUUGCCAGCAUUAACAAAUUCUACCAAAUUGAGCACGAUUCUUAUACUAAAAUAUAUUAGUAUUUAAAUUUAAAUAUUUAUCUAAAUUGUUCCACUUGAACUAUACUUGUCUGUAUAACUUUACAUUCAGUUAGUUGUGGUUAUUAUGCGGUAUAUCUUUAGGGUCAAUUAUGUAUGGAGUCGUUAGAUUUGUUGACGAAACGGCAUGUUGUAUUGUUCUAAAAUUACGGCAAUUCCCAACCGAAAUGUUGCGAAUUCUGCGAAGACUAUUUUAUCAUAAAGAAAUACUGCAAUAGUUAGAGAAACUUGUUUACGUUUUUGAAGCUGGUCUAAAAAUAUGAUUUUAAGGGCAUGUUUCACUUGAUCUGAUGUAAAAUACGAACAGACAGGGUUAAACAUUGUUUCAAAAGUGUUGCAAACUUUAAGCAGGUUUAUCUAGGAGUUAGUUUAUCUGUCAGAUUACAAUAUAUUUUAUCAGAAAGUGGUGAAACAGGUCUUAAAUACCUAUCAUACUAAUUUGUUAUGAUAAAUGUCCCGUUUCGUCAUUAUGUUUAAACUCAUUUAUAGUUAAGAAAUCAUGUACUUACAUUAUAAAGUUUAUAAAUUAGCUACAAUUUAAAUUUUUCUACAGGUCAUUUUCCAUUUAGAAUAGAUCGUUAUACAAUACUGAAUCGCAUAGCCAUUAUUAAUUUCCUUACACUAAACACACGCAAUCUAUUUAGACAUAAGCAAGAGUUAUCGGUAAAUCAUUUUAAUAACCGCCUUUACUUAUAAGCAAAUAUAAAUAAUUAAUAUAGCAUAGUGUAGCUAAUUUGUUAGCAAAUGUUUUUUGUCGCUUUUGUGAUACAUCUAUUUGUUGUUGUGUCGUUGCACGAAGCUGGGUGUUUUGUGACAAUUUACUUACUUUUUUUUUUUAAAAGAAAUUCAAAAAUAUUUAUUGCCAUAAUAUCUUUUGGAUAAAACGCAUGGUCGUGACGCGCCUUCGAUCUAUUCUCGAACCGUUGUUUAUAUUUAUACAUAGGCCGGGCCCGCAUCGCCGUGUUCUCGUGUUAGCUAACACAAAAACAUGUUUUACUAUCCGAUUAGGGGCGCUGCCUAACAGUUAUGUUAGAAAAAUAACAAAAACACGUUUUCCGAACCGAAUGGAUAACAUGCCCCGCGUUCGCGUGCGCGGAGGGGAAGCGACUCAUUCUGUUAGCGCUCACUGAAGGAAGACGUAGGGCACAGCGCAAUACGGAGUACACAAGCGUGAUAGCCGCAGCGGACGGGCGGCUUUCCUAACAUGUUUUUAUAACAUGUUUUGUUAGAAAAUUGGCGCUGCGGACCCGGCUUUAUAUAUACAAAUAUUUUAAAGAUAAAGAACUUGAUAAAAUUUGAGUUGCGUAGUUAAGCAUACAUAAGGACAGACAGACAGCGGGAAGCGACCCUGUUUUAUACUAUAUAAUGAAGUGUGAACAGUAUCAAAUCUAAAUAUGGAAUUGCAAAUUAGCUUGUCAAUGAUGCGUCGAUUUUAUUCGCCAUCACUUUAAAAUAGGGGCGAUAAAAGAAAGAGCAUUUUAUCCAUGAGGUUAGGGAUAAGUUUGUGUGAAUGAAUGUUAUUUAUUGGGUUAAUAUGAGAUUAGUAAAAUGAUAUAGAUUUAUUUAUGUUCGGAAACUUGUGUGAGAAUUAUUUUUGCAACUUAAUUUGUAAGUAAAUUCGCGAUUCGCCCAGUCGUACUUACUAUAACAAUCUUUACAUAUCCGUUUAAACAUUUCUUAUUAUAUGUAGUUUUAAUGUCAAUUUAUAUGUUUGCUUUAUUAAUAAAUGUGUCUGUCGCAGCGCGAGCGAUGUAUGAUGCGGGUCAUGGUCCUUCGAGCCGGAUUAUGAAGGGGCUUUUCCAAUAGUUUCGCAUCAUACGUCGUUCGCGCGGACAGACAGAAUCUACAUUCUAAAUGUAGCGGUUGCGUUAUGGUUAGUACAAAUGUAUAGGCAGUGACAUUUUCCGAAUUAAAUAUAACCUUAAAAACCUUUAGUUUACAUGUCAAAGUUUUGGGUUUCGUUAUACUUUUUGCUCAUCAAACUAGAUUUAUGGAUUCUAAUAUGUAUAAACAAAAAUAAUAUGUUCUACUGUAUCACUUGUAGACAGUUAAACCUAGUCCGCACGGGCCGAUAUUUAAGCGCGUUAAAAUUGCGUUGGAAUGGAACAUGUGAGUAUCCAUGUUAUCCACAUGGCCAAGAUUUUAUUAAAGAUUUAACUGAUAUUCCUACCGUCCGAUACAACAGCGAUAAAUGCGAUGUCGUCAGGAGAAUUUUUACGCUCGUGCGAACGAAGUGUAAUGUGUGAUGUUGACUGUUUAAAACUACUAUUCCAAUAUACCGCAAUUCAAUUUAUCUCAUUCAAUUAUAUCGCGGAUAGUCUCUCUCUCUCUCUCUCUCUCUCUCUCUCUCGCACGCAGACAUUUGAAUGAGACGGGCUGAAUCCAAUGUUGGAAUGAAUUGAAUAUGAGUGUUAUAGAUUUCCUUAUAGUCUGUCUAUAAAGAAUAAUACAGAGAUUUUUAACGAAUUAUAUUUUUUGCCAUUGCCACGGUCAAGAUUGGUUAAUGAAACAGUGUUGCCAGCCAAGAGAACAGCGCCCUUAUAUAUAUAUAUAUAUAUAUAUAUAUAUAUAGACAGACUACAUGUAUACAGUAUUAAGUGAAAUUUAAAAAUAAAGUGGGUGCCAUAAAAUGAAUGCUUUUGCACUGUAAAAUUGUGUCCGAAAUUGCUUUAUUUUGGUUUUAAGUCUCUAAAAUAUGUUUUGAGAAAAUAAUUUAUCUUAUCAACAUCAUUAUCUUAUCAAAAUACACAUACACAAAAAUUGUUCUUUAUUAUUUUAAAUACAUUGAAUAUAUUUUGCCAUAUUUAUAAUUUUUUAACACCACAAUUUUGAUGCGAUUUUCAUUAAUUUAAAUCGCAUCUUGGUAUAUUAAAUGUGCUAUCAAAUGUUUCAUUAGUGGCAGUUUUAUAAUAUUAUGAAUCAAUAUCUUAAUGUAAUGUUAUAGCCUGGACUUAAUGCUAUGUAACAUUCGACGGCUUAGUGGCGUCCCAGAAAAAAGAAAAAAAAAUUUUUUCUCUAUUGGCAAUGCCACUAAGUCUAGUAAAGCGUUAUAUAACCUGUCAUAGUAUAUGUAUGUUACAGCUAAUUAAAUUGGUAUGUUUGCAGCGCUUCUAUUGUGAUUGUUCGUAUUACGAUGUUUUUAUAAGAAUUAUUUGUAGAUGUUAGAUGAAUAUAAUUAUUCUAUGGAUCGGUAGUCGAUUGCAGUGAUGGGAAGUGACGAGUAUUAUACUGCCAUAAGUAAUGAAUACUUCACUCGACUGCUGUCUGAAUAUGUCUUUGAGAAGUUGUCUUUCUCUGCUUUGUGUUAGAGCGAGAUAGUCAUACAUUUGCUUAUUUAAGACAAAAGGUAAAUCACCUUUUCUUUUUAAAUUACUAUGUUUUAACUCAUGAUUUAUUGAUAUUUUAAGUUUUUAAUUUGAUUUUUGUGAUAUCCACGAAUUCACAACCCAAUCACUGCUAUCGCUGACGUAUUUUAAGUAGUUUUUAUCAAACUCUCAUGACAUCGUAUGAUGACAGUACUUUGUACUUAGUACCUAGAUGUUUACAGGCAACUCUGCCCUAUAUUAUGCCAUAAUUUAAGGGUCAAUAUCGGCAGAUAGGUCACGUGUUUUUUUUAAGUUUCGAACCUGUGUUGAUAUGAUUAUGUUAUACUAUAGUUUCAGUGAUAUUUUGUUUUAAAAUUAUAUUAGUAUAUAUGUCCAGAGUGUAAUUUCGCUUUAGUUGUGUGUAAUUAAUUUUCACGUUUUAACACCUUAUUGAAAAUUAGGUAAAAAGUGAAACGUCAUUUGGGGUGAAUCAGAUUAUAACGCGGUAAAUAAAAGCUCUGAAAAGUAUGUAUUUUUUGUGACAUGUCUGCAUUACAGACUAUUCAGAAUUGUAUAUUAUGUAUGUAUAUAUUACGAUGCCUCCUACAUAAUUAUGGUCAUUGGUCGCAAAAAAUAAACUUGUAUGAAAUUAACUUUUUUCCGAUAUUUCAAUUUUGUCACUAACGUAUACGCAAGAGUCAUAAAUCUGUUUAGGAAGUUUAUUUUCACGAAGUAAAUUUGUAUACAUAUUUCUUAACUAUCUGCACGUGAUAAAUAAUGUUUUUUACCAUGUUAGUAAAACAUAGUCAUAUUUACAUCGAAUGUAUUAUUUGCUUAUGAAAUCUGUGCAAUAAAGUGAUUUAUUCCAAAUGCAUAUGUAAAUUUUGCUAUUAAAUUUAAAUUGUGGGCAUUUCCUUCAAGUAAAGACUAAGGUAAUAAGACCAAAGUUGAGAUUAUAGUAAUCGCCAAGAUUGACCAGUGUUGCCAUCUCUAUCAUUUAGGCAUAUUGAAAAGUUUCAGUGAGUGAGAUGGCAUAUUGAAUGGUAAAAUUUGAAAAUAGUUCGUAAGGUUUUCAUGUUCAGAGUGUCCCUCAGAAAUGGUUGAACCAUUUCUAUCGUUUUCUCGCUUUUACUAUGUACACGUAUUAAGCUAGAUAGCAAUUAAUUUGAUAGCAAAGCUUACAAAUGCAACGGUAUUUUGAUACAAAUAUAUUUAUCCUAUAUAGUUUAUGUUACGUUUACUAGAAAUGUGUACGUUAUAUUAGGAGCUGUUUAGAGAUAUUUGAAUGAUGUUUACUGUUAACGUCGUAAGUAUUUUUGAGUCGCAAACUAUAAAAUUGUUUUUUUUUUUCGCACGUUUCACCCAAUAUCGGAUUAUUAAGAUAUACAGGGUUAGUUUGAAAACAACAAAAACCUCGCAGGACUCGAUAGCUUAAUCAUCUUAAAGACCUAGGAUGAAGUGUCACGUCUUUAUUCCUUAUGGGGUAAACAGAGCCGGGUUAAGAUUCCCAGUGCGGGCAAAUAUUUAAUAAUAAAUCUGUGAUCACAAAUAUCUGUCUGCUGUUCAGGGUGUGUUGUGCCCGUUUCUGUCUUAAGUGUGGAUCGUUGAGUAUUGUCCAUUUUCGGCAGUGGCUAUCCCAUCGCCUAUGAAAAGAAUCUCUAGAAAUUAAAAGUCCUUUCCCUUGAUUUGCUUUAACAAUCUGCAUAAGAUGUAAAACAGCUGGUAAAUUUUAUGUUUUGUGCCCAAAUGAUUAUGCAUGCAUGGAGACCAUCUAAUGGAAAUAUAUUUUUAUAACUAUAAUUUAGAUUAAAUCAGGUCUCCCUGAAAAUCAGCGUUAUUGAUCUAAGCAACCAGCUGAGUUGAGCGGCCUAUCUGGCGUAAAAUAAAACUAUUGUUUUGUUGAUAAUAAGUUUAGGCUCCAAAUAAAUAAAAAGCUUCUAUAUUAAUUCUCCGAUUGCAUGUUAUCAACUCUAUACGCUUUGCUGACGAAUCGCGAGGUCGGUGACGCGGCGGUGUUAGCGCAAAUAUAGACUUACGAAUGUCACGACAGGACAAACAAUACUUGAAAAUGAUUUUAUGUAUUGAGUGAUAUCAAAAGCUGUUUAUGAUUUUAACUGUCUAUUCCUGCGGGGUUGUUUUUGUUGUACAGUCAACAGCACAUCAAGUUACACUGCAUGAACCUCUAAUGUCGCGGUAAUAACGGCGAGUUUGCAUUAAAUUUGGAUAGUGCUGUUGACUAUACAAGUAACCUUGUACAUAUUUUAUUCUUAGCAUGCAAGAGAAAUGAACACUAUACGAUUUAGUCGAAUUUUUGGAAUAUAUUAGCAACAUAUAAUUUAUCAGCUUCGAUGCGUGAGACAACAAAGACUGCGACGAUGAAAAAAAGCGGGAAAUGUUUGGCAUAUUUGUGACGCUCCACGGGCAUAAGUACCUUAGGUACUUCUCUUUUUUUUUGUAUGUAUUUUUGUUUUUGAAUGAAUAGUUUUUAAAAGCAGAUAACAUAUAUAUGUGUAACUAAAAUCGAUCAUAAAGUACUUUUACCCGUGACAGGUCUCAUUUAUUUAUGUGAAAUAUUUUCACUUCAGAUUCACUGAUCCAUUUCGAAUGAAACUCUUUCAUAGUGUGAAAAAUUAUGCUGAUUUUACAGCGAUAAUAUGAAUUUAAGGUAUCUUGCAUGCUGUUAUUUAUAUAAUUAUAUAUUACAUUGAUAUAAUUUUAUUUACUGAUAACAACCGUGUAAAAUAAUUAAAAUCUUGUACAUUGUAUACAUUCCAUUCUGGGGUAUCUAUACACUAUCGUAAGGUUUAACGUGUGGUCACAGUACUUCGUCAACUAAAUCAGUAUGAUGUAUAGAUUUUGCUUUAAUAAAUUAAUUGUAUUUA